UGUCAGAUCACACAAACGACCCUUCGCUGCACAGCAGUUUUAUAUGAUCGUGUUAUAAACUUGCCGGGAACAGAUGAAGAAAUCCAUUAUUCUCUCAGUUCUCAUUUCUCUCUGCUGUUUCACUUUGUUCCUGGUCUGGAAGUCAGGAUACAGUUACCAGAGUGAGAUAAGAAAUGAGGGUAUGGAGACCAGUGAGGUGAUCCUCCCUGCAAACUCUACCCAAGACGAGCUGUGCCCGUUAAGGAACUUUGUGUUUGUCAAGACACACAAAACGGGCAGCAGUACUAUGAGUAACAUUUUAUUAAGGUACUCGGAAAAUCACAAGCUGAAUCAGCUUAUCGGCAGUCACCCUACUGGAACCGAGUACCGGGACCUCUCUCAGCACGUGUACCCACCACCUCCCCCUGCUCAGCACUACAAUAUCUUCCAUAAAUUCUUUACCUUCACAAGGAACCCCGUGUCCAGAUAUAUCUCUGGUUUUAACUACUUUGAACAUGAUAAAGUGUACGAUGGUAAUGAUUUUGAUAACGCUAUAAACCUCCAUAUAUCUGCUAACAAAGAGUAUCUAGUCACCACUGCUAAGUGUCACCAUUGCUCCAAAACGGUUAACUCUGUGGCGUAUGAUUUAGGGUUCGAUUUUAAAGGUUAUGUCAACGCACAGGACAAUAAAGUGUUUUUAGACAACUUUCUGAGGAAAUUAGAAAUGGAAAUAGACCUUGUUUUGAUCAGCGAGUAUUAUGAUCUGUCAUUAGUUUUACUAGCCCGUCGUUACUGCUGGACAUUCGACGACAUCACCUAUCUCAAGAAUUUAGAGAGCUUCCAAAAACCGGUUGUCAGUGAGGCUACAAAAAAGAACAUUCUAGAGUUUCAGCAUGUUGAUGCUGUGAUUUAUGACUUUUACAACAACACUUUUUGGGAUCUUGUUGAUAAAGAAGAGGGUAUCAUGGAAGAGUUUGAGAGUUUUAAAGAACACAACAAGAUGAUGCACAAUAAGUGUGUUGCAGGCAGACAGGUAAGAGUUUGAGAGUUUUAAAGAACACAACAAGAUGAUGCACAAUAAGUGUGUUGCAGGCAGACAGGUAAGAGUUUGAGAGUUUUAAAGAACACAACAAGAUGAUGCACAAUAAGUGUGUUGCAGGCAGACAGGUAAGAGUUUGAGAGUUUUAAAGAACACAACAA